AUGCCCUACUAUGUGCCUCUCUCGCCAGACCCCAUAGCAUUCGCUCCUCCGGCGAGACGUUCAUCCACCACCGACGUCGGUCGAUCAGCAUCUGUGAGGGUCGAUUAUGAUGAAUAUCACACCGUGGUCAUUUCGGUAAGCAACGUUCGAACCCCUCCCCUUUUUACCACUGUUUUCACACAAUCCACCAUUCUUCACACCACCACCACCAUUGGCGCCGGUCCGUCUUCUACACGACCGCCGGCCGCCGCGCCUCUUCCCACACCAAAACCCCUUUUCCUAGCCCUAACCGUCCCACCCCCUAUCACCCCUCUAUCUAACCCCAUCCCACCAUCGAUUAACCCUACCACCACUCAACAGCCUCCUAUUCCCCUUCCCUCAACACCACUCGGCCCACCCACCAUACAUGGUUUUGACCUAAACCUUAGUGACACUAUAGGGGAGGAGUUACAGUUUGAUUUUGAAACCAAUGCCUCUAGCAAUCCUGAGGAUUUAUUCCCUUUUUCUGUUUAUGAGUCAUUGGAAGAACCUACACAACAACCCCCUCCGACUCAAACAGAGCCUGAACUUCCUGUUACGGAACCACUAGUUACUGCCCCCAGUGGGCAGACUGUGAGCACAGAAACCUCCUCUGGAAGUUUUAGGAGUGCAAGUUCCGAAUAUGUUAUUCCUCAAACAUUACACAAACCAAUGCCUGAAGACAGUGACUCUGAGGACGAGAUGGCCCAGGACUUGGAACAUGCUGAAGAUGUGGCCGACGAAGAGGCGGAGCAAGAGGAAAGGGAAGAUUUUGAUGAAGAGAUUCCUGAUGAGGAGGUUUUGGAGGCCAGUGUGCCGAAACCUUCGAAGAAGAGAAAGGCAGCGGCAAAGCCGAAGAAACAGGCAGCCCCAAGAAAAAAAGAAAGAAAAGGUGAUGCCAUUCCAAGAAAGGUACAACCGCAUCCAAAACAAUAA